CUGUUGAAGAUAGCAUUUGAUGAGGAAGUGGUUGGAGAUAAUGUGGAGACGUUUAGAAAACUAGUCAAUAAAUUUCGCAAUCCAGCAAGUGUCUUUCAAACGCAUUUUGCCAAAAAGACUUUGAUGAAAACUGCCAAGAAAGCAGGAAUAAAAACCAAACAAAUAGUGGAUGAGCACGAGUACGAAUCCAAUCUGACUGCUGAUCCGAAGAAUCUGGAGAAGUUAUUAGAGCGUGCCGGGUACCAGGACUAUGUGAGACAGGGUCUAGGUAGUCUGUCAAUAGCCUCACAGAGAGAUAGAGCAAACCAGGAACCAUUCAGAAUAUCAUCUGUUAAUGCCAACUUCUCAGUAUGCAGAAGUUACCCACCGUUAUUUGUUGUGCCACAAUCAGUUCCUGAUGACAGUAUACGAAGGUUUGCUCGUACUCACAGACAAUGCAGAUUCCCUGUCAUUACGUGGAGACACAGUAGAACGAAAGCAUUGUUGUUACGAGCCAGUAGUUUCCAUAGUAGAGGCUUGAUGGGCAUGUUAAAGCACAAUUCCUCCGGAAGUACAACAAGUGGGGAGACUACCUCCAGUGUAGAACAGGAGAAAUAUUUCAAAGUUUUAGUAGCAGCAACACCUAACAGUGCACGGACCGGAUCAUAUAAGACUUCGUUCAGUGACUCGCUAGAUAGCCUCGACAGUCUGAUGAUGUCCGGUGCUACGGGGGAAUCUCUAGCUAUACCAGAAACACCGGAUCCUCUACGUAGAACCCACCAUAGCAGUAACAAGAACAGAAGCAGUUUAAAACUAAAAGGUCAAUCUGACACCGGAGAUUUCGUGGGUCUUCAUUUGUCCGGAGAUGCCACGCCCAACACUGUUCGCAGAAGUAUGUUCUCCCGCGCAGUAGACACGUUACGCUCGAGCGGCGGGAAGGGAGGCAACCUUGGGAAGCGGCGGCUGGCAGCUAGCUUAGAUGUUUUAACUUUACCAAGACGUCCACGGACUCGAGGAUAUUUUUCAACUCUUACAAGAAUCGGCAGUGUGAAGGACAAGUCUAAGACGAGUACAUUUGACCCGGCCAGAUUUUCGCACCCGAAUGGCGACCUUGAGAGGACAGGUGACCUAAUUAACAGUUCGGUACAGGGCCUCAAGAAAGUCUCCCUGUAUGUACUAGGUGAAAAAUCACAGAUGAAGGGUGUGAAGUUGGAAUCAUUUCCCAAAUGUGACUUUAUACCAGUUGAUUUCUAUGAAGUGAGGCAUGUGAAGGCAAGUUUUAAGAAGUUGUCACGCGCAUGUGUACCCAGCUCGACACAAGGACCAGAUGCCUCGUUUCAUAAAGCAGUGGAGGAAUCCGGAUGGCUGCCACAGAUCCAGAACGUUUUACAACUAGCAGGCGCUACUGUUGACCUCUUAGAUGUACAGGGCUCGUCUGUAAUGAUCUGUCUGGAGGACGGUUGGGACAUCACGACCCAGGUUGUGUCAGUAGCCGAGGUUCUUCUAGAUCCUUAUUACCGCACUAUGGAAGGGUUUCGCGCGCUCAUAGAGAAGGAGUGGCUGGCAUUCGGACACAGGUUCACACAUCGGAGUAAUCAGACACAAGCCAACCAGGCAAGCGGCUUCGCUCCAGUGUUCUUGCAGUUCCUGGAUGUUAUACACCAGGUACACAGCCAGUUCCCGCUUUCUUUUGAGUUUAACCAGUACUUCCUGAAGUUUCUUGCUUAUCAUUAUGUGUCCAGUCGGUUUCGAACUUUCAUGAUGGACAAUGAGUUUGAGCGUAUGGAAGCUGGUUGGCUGUUGGAGGGGAAGAAGAUGUACCAAUUGGACGAUUUCGAGGAGGAGGCGGGGUUUUCUACGAAGCAUAUACAACAGAGCAAUGUAGGAGCAUCAUUGUGGGAGUACAUAGAGAAACAUCAUAGGAAGUCUCCAAUAUUCUAUAAUUUUAUGUACAGCCCUGGAGAACAAGAUACGGUGUUGCGGCCAUAUUCAUAUCUCUCGAACCUGAAGCUCUGGGAUUACUACACUACGGAAGAUCUUGCACAUGGACCGUCAUACGAUAUCGAGAUUGUUCAUCGUGAGAUACGACAAAACGAGGACAGUGAGUCGCUAGAGAUGAUGGGACAGCAGCAGAGGAAGAUCAUCAAUGGUUGCUAUGACAACGUGAUGAUUCAACAACCUGACCACUUCUGCUGGCAGUAUCAGGAAAUCAAUAAGCUGGAGAAUGAUCUUGGUCACUUACCCAGGAAAUGGAAGGUAUUCUGGGAUAAAUUGCAGCAUCCAGGUCGUGACGCAUCGUCGUUACCUCGUCAACUCUCAUUCAACAUGCAGUUGGCUCGUUCGCAUGGUCGGUCCAUACAUAAACGGUCAACUCUAGAGAUUCUGGUCAAGGGCAAGAUGCUCGGCGAGGCUGCCCGUAUGUUCGGUCAGCCGCACAGGUUUGAGGAGUGGACGUACACAACAGCUGUUUACUGUGACCUCUGCUCUAAUGUCCUGUGGGGCUUGACAAAGACAGGAAUGCAUUGUACAGACUGUGGCUAUAAUUGCCAUGAGAAGUGUAUGCCAAAUGUACCAAAGAAUUGUACGAAACUGAAGACAGUCAGUGAUGCUAGCACCAGUAAUUCCAGUCUCUCUAAACCGAGUGGAUCUGAGGCGAGCUCGGUACAUGGUGGGGGGGACAGGAGAACCUCCCAUACGACCCCUGCGAUGUACGAGAGAUACGGCUCAAGUUCAGGCGAACAUAGAACACAUGAUGGAUACCUGUACAAGAAAGGCGCGUUGCUUAAAGGCUGGAAACAACGCUGGUUUGUGCUGGAUUCCAUGAAACAUCAGUUGCGAUGGUACGAUUCAACAGAGGAUACUGCAAUGAAAGGUUUUAUAGAUCUGUCGGAGGUUGAAUCUGUUAAGGCAAUGGGAGGUGGCGGCAAACACAUACAGGGCGCACCAAAGAAAGGCGACGAAGGUGGCUUCUUUGAGAUGAAAACCACUAGGAGAUUAUACCACUUUCUUGCUCCAGACUUUAAGACUGCUCAAGAGUGGAUAGACAAAAUUCAGAGUUGUAUACAAUAGUUAUAUAUAUAGUCAACUUAUAAUUUAUAAAUUAUUCAAAACCCGAAACAAGACACAAGUCCAGAGUGCAAUAUACACAGCUGUGUACAUGUACUUUCUGGCCCGCAAUUUGGGAGGUAACUCUUGUGAUAUGUACAGAGGUGAGAGUUGGAACUCUUCAUGGAGGAGGUGAGAAAAGUGACAAUUGUUUGGCUCAUAGUUACCUCCCCUGGUGAUUCAGGAUGAUGUCGAAGGUGACGAAGACGGUAACAAGUGUUGGGAGUAAUACAACAACUUGGGGCUAGACUAGCAAGAAACUGUAUAUAUUGAAAGGAGUUUAGGAUAGUCUAUUUAUAUACUUUUGUUCAAAUUUUUCUUGUUGAUAGAGAUCUAGAUUGUUUUUUUAUUCGUCAAAAUCGUUGUGUUCAUAUUUAGACAAAAGAUGCGCAUAGAACGGAGACAAAGGGCAAAAUAUGACCGGAUGUGGUGACAGGUUUUUCUUACGAUAGUGACAUUUGGCAGCUUUGAUAGACAUGAGGGCACAUUGGGGCUGUUUCUGUGUACAUCUGGUCCCCAUUGGCUUUUUUUUCUGAGGCAGACUAAAUACCCUGAUUAAUCCACCAUAAAGGUGGAUUAAAUACCAAAAAGUAAGCAUAAUUGAAAUUCUUCAAAGUGCAGUGGUUUUAACCCUAGAUUAAAACUUAGAUUUGUAAAACAUUUUUGAAAUUUAGGUAAAAGGUUUAUUUAAAUUAUUAUUAUUUUUCAUUAAAUAAUGAAGCCUGUAUGUUAUAUGUUUAAAAUGUGUCACAGCAUAGAAAUUAUACAUGUUUUUAAUAUAAAAAUAAUCACCUGAAUGGAAUAUUAAAGGCCAUUAUGCCUCAAAAAUGCUUUUAUGUUUAUUUCUUAAAAGCAUUUAAUGCACAUCGACUUCAUUGGCUGACUCAGAAACAAAUUUUUACUUCCUUAGAAAGGUCAAACAUGAAUUUCAUAACUUUAAGAUAAUGGUUAUAGCGAAAGUUGCUUGUUACCCUAAGAAAGUAGUGAAAGAUGUGAAAUAAUUUGUCAUAAAUGUAGCAAAAUAUUUUGACCUCCGUAUAAAAUACUACUUCACUAUACAUGUAACUGUACUUAUUGCCAAAAAGCAACAGAUAAAAAAGAUGGUUCAGAUAAUUGAACAGUAAGUAACUUUUUAUACACAAUAAAAGUACACCAAAAUUAAAAAGCUUUGAAAAAUAAAAACAUUUCUGGGGCAUAAUGGGCCUUUAAACAGAAAUCAGGGUAUUUGGAUCUGACCACAGAGUUUUAAACAUGACAAUGUUCGUUUUACUUUGCUCAUUUCUUCGGCUUCCAUUUUUGCAUUUAUUUUCAUACUAGAAUGUUUUGAUCUCUGUAUAUGAACAAGGUUCUGAUGAUACUGCAUGACUGUGUUAUUAGUAUAGCAUUGCUUAUAGAAGAUUGUAAAAGCAUGUAAUGUGGCAAAAGAUGUUAAAAGUAAAAGAAAGGACAUGAAUAUAAGAAAAAGACUUAGAAUGGUCAAGUUGUGAAAAUAAAUUCAUUGAAAAGUCAUGUGAAGUUAGAAAAAGCUUGUAUUCGGAGAAAAAAAGCAUGUAAACACAAAUAGUAAAAUAGAACUUAAAAAAGAGUUGUAAACGCGAAGAGAGUCAGUAAAAAGCUUGUAAAUUUUAAUAAAAAAGAUCUUGUGAAAUUUCAAGUGAAUAAAAAAAAGCUUGUAAACUAUCAGGAAAUGGAAAAGAAAUUGAAAUUGCUAUUGUUCUAAUAGCUAAGGACAUUGCUAUUGUUCUUAUAGCCAAGGAGAUAGUUUUUGUUCUAAUAGCCAAAUACAUGACUAUUGUUCUUAUAAGCAAGGACAUGGCUAUUGUUCUAAUUGCUAAAGACAGAAUGAUCAUGGUUAUAAAACAACUAUAGUUAAGGAUGUUUGAUGAUUAGUCAAGUAAAACAAAAUGGCAUUGGUAAGGUGGAAUUGUUUUUCUCAGACGAGUAGAUACUGAGUAAUGUUGCAAAGUUCAUGAUGUUUUAGUCAUGGUAAGAAUAGGUAAACAAUAUUCUAUGGCAAUGAGAGUGUAUAUAAGUGAGAGAGAGUGUAUGUCGGAGAGAAAACAUGGAUUGAAAAAAUGAAACAGAUAGUGUAAUGGUGAUGAAAGAAGUUGAGUAAGAGGGGACAAAAAAAUUGUGUGUCUUGAUUGUGAAUAUGAGAAAUAGAACAUCACAAAAACCCUGUUUUUUAUCAUUGUUUCUGUAAAUAUCUGCUUUUUAUUAUUACAUGUACAUUAUUUUGUGUUUGUAUAAAUUUUUUAGCGAAAAACCACUAAUUAUUAAAGCAAAACCACAAAUUUUUGUGGCAAAAACCACUUAUUAUUAUGGCAAAACCACUAAUUACUGUUGCAAAAACCACUAAUUAUUAUGGCAAAACCAAUUUAUAGGUAUAUAAAUGAUUUUGAUGAUAUUUGAGAAUAAUACAGAACAACUUCAGUAGAGUGAACCCCUUUGAGAGACAAAUAUUUUGGUUGUUGCUAAGGGGUGUUACUGUAGAGUCUUAGAAAUUGACUUUCUAGGAAGUUUUACUUUACUAGGAUACAGUUGUUUUAUAAAGGUUAUUGCUUAAUAGGGGGCCCACUCUGAAGAAGUGGCAUGCUAAAAUUUAGGCCAGUGCUCUUUGACCCAUUCACAUAAAUACUACAAAAUUAUUAUCAUUCGGGGGGCACUAAUUUUUGUGGUUUUUGUGGAUAGGUCAAUCCACAAAUGAUUUCCUUUUUUAAUGCUGUAAGAUUAUUUUGCAUCACAUUAUUUAGAUUUUAUUUUUAGGAAAAAAAAACUGCACAAAUUUAAGAACCUACAAACAAAAACACAAAAUUUCAAUUCCACAAAAUUAAGUGAAUGUUUCAGUCUUUUGUCCUUGAAAUUACUAAUUUUAUAUUGUAGAGAAAAAUGAUUUUUGAUGGAAUGUCUUGCCAUUAUAAACUAAUAGAGUGACCUUUUAAAGUUUUUGUUUUUUUCUUUUCAUUGUCUCAGGAUUUUGUUUAUUUGCUUUUUAUCCCUUUAAUGUUUUUAUAUAUUUUGGCUAAGGAGAAAAAUGGAAUAAUGGCAACUAUAGAAAUUGUGUACAGUGUUAUGUAAUAUAUAUAUAUGACAUAUAAUAAAAUGCUAUGCUGUACAUAUUGGGUGAUAAUGUGCAAUAAAACGUGUAGAGCCGAAGUAAAAAAAUAAUUGACGUCUGCUAGAAAAUUGUUUUUGUGUGUGACACUAAAGCGGCUAAUUUUACGACUUGUGCUGCCACCUGUCUUUGAUUUAUUAUUAUGACUGUAGUAAAUUUUUGUGCAACAAUUUCAUAGAUACAAAAGAGUGUUUAUUAUUUCAUUACUGAAGAUGAUAUGAGAAAAAUUUCUGUUAUAGUGUAGUAAGAUGUGCCUCUAUGUCAUUACCUAAGUGCAGUAAUGGGCUAACUCCUUAUAAAGUUGAUAGGAGUUAACCUGUUUCUGCACUCUGGUGGGAAUUUAUUCAUAGUCUUAUCAGAACGUAUAAAGUUAUUGCUGAAAUUUAGUAUUUUCACAUCCAUGUUCGUGCCUGAAAUAAUGCACGGAAGCGCAUCUGAGGUCUCCUUCUACCAGUAAAGCUGGAAAGUCACCAUAUGACCUAUACUGUGUUGGUACAACAUAAAAAUCUAACAACAACAACAAAGAAAGACUUCCAUGUGUGUAAGAUAAAUGGAGGUUGGUUGUACUUAGGUGCCCCCUCAAGCCUAAAAUAAUAAAUUUAUGGAGGGGCACCUGAGAUCAUCCUUCGCAUGUGAAUCUGGAAGGUCGCUAUACAACAUUUUAGGUGUAGAUGUAACUUAAAAUGCAAACCUCCAAAACUAUAAUAUAUGCACAUCUUGUUUAAACAUACAAUGGGUAAUGCCUUAUUCUAAGCAAUCUUUCAUAUCAUUUAAAUUGAGGAAGGGAAAGGUUUAAAAAGUAGAGUACAAAUUUCAUAUUUAUCAUCGUGAAGAAUUUUGAUUUUAUCAAGCAUUUAAAGGAAUUAUUAAACGAAAAAAUCUUUUGUUUGUUUUAUGACAUUGUGGCUAUAUUUUGUACUAUUGACAAUGAAGAUACAGAUCUUCCGAUGCCAGUUAUUUUUUUCUUCGGCUUACUACACUUAAAACAUUUUUAGAAUAUUUUCAUCCCUGUUAUUUUGGGAUGGAGAAUGGAUAGCGAAGUUUGUUUUUCUAUUGUUGCCGCAUAAUUCAUGACUAUAAUUAUUGUAGUGCAUUUUAUAAGUGAUAAUAAAUCAACCUGUUACGACAGGAUAUUGCAUUUCAUAGAAAAGAUAUGGAAAUUUUAAUUUAAAAUUGAAAUUUUAUUCAUAUUGUCAUAUGACUUUUAUGUAAAGGCAUUAUGAUUCAUUCUGAUACAUUGUCAGUUGAUUUUGAAAAUGUUUUGUAACAAUUUGAAAAGAUUGUAGUAACGUUUUUGUUAUUAUUUUGAAAUUUUGGUAAUUUUUUUUCUUUUCUGAAUUUUUGAAUGAUAUAAUUUAUGUUUGGAAAUGAUGAAAUAUUAACUUAUUGGGAUGGUAAUUCGAAUUUGCGUUUAUUGAUUUUUAAAGAGCUUUCAAUUUAAUAUUUACGUGAAAUUUCUUACGAUAAAAAAAUUGGCUUUUUCUUUAAACAACUAGACAAAGGCUGACGUCUAAACUGGGCUUGCUUUCGUAUAAUUAUUCAGAUGAAAUUUCUGUAUUAGGGAUUAUUAAAAUGACAUUUCACCUUAAUUGAUGGUAAAUUUUUACUUUUGAAGGCAAUAUGUACAGUUUGUGUAGGUACUAUUAUGUAUAUUGUAUGCUGCAAAUCCAUUUUGAUCAUUGUUUUAUGCAUUUUGUUUAAACCAUAGAUGUAUGCUUAACCAUGAUGCAAUAGCUGUUCUUUGUUGUGUGCUUUUAUAUGCCUGCAAACAUUUUUUUUUUCUAUAAAAAUCUAAUCAGCUGCAAAGCAUUGAUACCAUGAAUUUCUAAAUAAGCACCCCCCUUCAGUUGAUUAAAUCUCUAAUAAAUGCCCCUUCAGAAAAUACAAUCCCUAAUAAGCGUUCUUUUAGGACAGUUGAUCCCUAGUAAAAAAAUUAUGACCGUUCACUCCCUAAUAAUCACUGUUAUGUCAUAGUCCAUUCAAAAAACGCCCAAAUGAUGUUUGAAUUUUCUCAAAGAAGUGUAGGAGUAAACAGCUUUUAUUAAAUCACAAUAAAAGGGAAAUAAACAUUGGUUUUAUAAAUAUAAAAGUUGUACUCUGUUCAUGAAUUGCAACAAUCAAAAUAAAACAACAAUGCAAUAACAGGGCUUGUUAUUAUUUUCGAAGAAAAAAGUUUAAAAGAUGACAAGUAAGGGCAGUGUUUGUAGGAGUAUAUUACAAAACAUAUUUAUUAUUUUACAUUUUUUUAACUGUUUGAAUGCUUUUGGCAAUAAUGCAAACCUGCAAAGGCCGCCCAUACAGAGUCAGACAGUUCUGUAUAUAAGGCCUGACUGAUAAGCCCCUAAGCUCAAGUUUUAUUAUUUAAUACUGAAAUCCUUUCUUUUACAAAAUGGACUGUUCCAGGUUCAUGGAAAACCAAGUCCAUUUAGUAAAUUUUGGUAAUUUAUAAAGUUUUUAUUUGCUUGACUAGUUAAUAAAUGAUAUACAUUUUACACAGAACUGUGCAUAGUGUAAAAACAUUUUGAUAUAUAUUCAGUGUUUUCUUUUCAUCAUUCAAAGUGUCAAAGCCAACCAGAACUUCCUAUUACAUAUAUGUAUUCAGAGUUGUUUCCCUUGAGAAAAGAUUUUUAGUUAAAAUAAUGAUAAUCAGAUUCCAUCAACAAAAAUAGAUAUUCAGACAUACAAGUUUGACUUUUUGAUAAGCAGAAUGGUUCUAUAAAUUAAGUGAUCAAGUAAAAAAAUUUAUCUUUGAGGCAAUUGAAUUUAUGGUUUUUUAUUGUUGAUUGAUUCGAGUUUAGUACUGUUCACUAUUUAAGGGAGAUAGUGUGUAAGCAGCCGGAUAAGCUCGAUCAGUAGAGCGGAACCCUAUUCUGAGGGUCUAGGAUCUAGAUUUUUAUAUUGUAGUAAACUUCUUUACAUAUUUUGAAUCUGAAAUCCCUUAAACUAUAAAUGGACUGUUCCAAAUUGAAAGCAGAAGUCCAUUUUUACAAAAUUAGGAGGGUUCAGAUUAAAUUUAAAGUUUUCAAAAACUUAUUUCUUUUGAUUGUUUCUUUUGACUGUUAUAGAAAAUAUUACAGUUAAUGUUACUACUUGAAGAAAAUAAGACCAAAGUUCAUUUAUACUUUAUCUUCUGUAUUAUUAAUUGUUGUAUGAAAUGAUAUUUGAUUUACAUAAAACCAUAAUACAUCUAGUAUUUUAUGUUCAGUCUCUGUUAUAAUAGGUUUUAUGGAUGAUAAACAAUUUGGUGCAUAAAAGAUUUUCAUACCAUGACAUUAUUAUAAAAUUUAUGAAAUAUACUCUUUAUAUUAUUAGGUGUAUGCUUUUUACUUGCAUAGAUUACUGCUUAACUAAAUGCCAGUAUUGCAAACGUGUAUAUUAACAGGUGCUUUUUUCUUUUCGGGAUAUUCUAUUUUACGGGAUGCAGUGCUAAGUGCCGACAGUUGGCGCCAUGUAUUACAGCUCGCUUUAAAUCGACACUUCUUAUAAAAUCUGUUAUUUGUUAUAUUCAUUAUUCAAUGUGAAAUCUGUUAUUAAAAUGUAGAAUUCCUGUACGUUAAAUUAUAGACGUUUUGUAAAUAUUUCGAAACUGUAGGUGACUGUACAAUACGACUAGCAUAAUUUAUGUAACACACGGUUGUAAAUUGUUCAUAUCUAUGUCUUAUUUAUAAUUAGGCCAACCAAACAAAUAUGUUUGUUUUCAAUGCUUUAACCACUGUUAUAGUGCUCUGACAAAUAAACUACUGAAUGGAAUAGGUUAAAACUUCAAACACUUAUUUAGGAGCAUAAUAGAAAUUGACUCUUCAAGGCCCAUAACUAUAACAUGGAAUUUGACUGAGUUAUGGCCCUUUUUGGUCAUGCCUUCAGUAUAGAUAAUUUUCUGUCAAAGCAAUACUGUGGACAGGACUGGCUUGGGGGCUCCAUAAUUGCUACUAUUAUUCUUAAUUUCUAUCAAAAGAAAAAAGAUUUUAUUUGUUGCAAAAAAAACUUGUAACAAAAAAAGCCUCAAAAUAAAAAUUGAAUGAUUUCUAAUUCCUUUUGAAGGACUCUUAAGACCUAUAAGAUGACAAUGAAUAAUUCUGUAUGUCAAAUUCAUGGUGAAAAGAGUGUUUUUAACAAACAAUUAGUUUGGUUGGCCUUGUCUUUGUUGUUUUUCAUAUUUUUUUUCUCUCAAGAUAAAAAAACCCUUAUCAUUAUGUCAGUAUUUCUUAUGAAACUGUUGAAUCAUAAAACCAUAAGUGUAGUAAUAGCUGUUAUGUAAGUGUAAUAAUAGCUGUUUUGUAAGUGU